AUGAAAUCAUGGUAGAAUAAGUUAAUAAUUGCAUAAAAAGUGAGAAGAAAUGAUGAUUAUAUUAAUAGAAUUAAGUACUUUGAGAUAAAUCAAUAUUUAUAAACUUAAGUAAUACAAGAUCAUCUAUUAUAUGAAUUUCCAUAAAGUGAAUGCUUUAGUUUAGCCUAGUUGAUUGAAUCAAUGGUACUAAAGUUUAUUAUUUUAGAAAUUCAAUUUCACUAAAAUUUAUAAAGGAUAGUUGUUAAUUAUUAUUUUAGAAGUGCUAUAUCAUCUUUAAAGAUUACAUUAAAACACAAAAUUAUCUCAUGGAAAAUUAAUACCAUAGAACAUUAUUUUCUAAUUAACAAAUGAUCCAAACAGAUAAUUAACAAUCGAAUAGACUAAAUUUUCUAUAAAGUAAGUUUACUUUAUAAAUUAUCAACUUAUUGAAGAUCUUAAUUAUUAAAUAAAUGUAUCUAAAGAUAUUUUAGACAUUGUUGAUUGUUCUAUUGCACUUAUAAAAGCAAUUUAAGAUUAGAAUUGCUAAUUAUUAUAGUACAUUGAAAAAUUUAUGAUAAAUUGUAAAAAUCUUUAAAAUGAGGACAAUUUAGAUACUCUAGUUAAUUUUUUUAAAUUAUAAAUUAAUGAGUAACAAUAUUAUUAUAUUAGAUGUGUUGAUCUAAAAGAGCAAAAAGUAAAAAAAGUGAUAGUUUAUACUUCAUCUGAUUAACUAAAUGUUCAAGCUAUUUAAUGUUAAGAAUUGGAUGAAUGUUUUUUUAAUUUUCUAUAAAAAAGAACUCGAGUAAAAAAUGACAUCUCAAACUUUAUUGAAAGUCUUUUUGAACAGUAAGUGACAAAUAAAAUAAAAUAUCAGAAUAAUAAAAUAAAAAAUGAUGAAUUAUAACAACAACAUUAUGACACCUCUAAAUUAAAUUAGGAUGAAUUGAGGAUUUUUAACAUAUUUGAUUCAAUUAUGAAACAAAACAUGAUGAAAACAAUUUGGGAGAAAUACGGAUAAUUUUUAGAAUCUUAGGAUUCGAUUAAUGAUGAUCAAUUUGAAAAAAUUGUGGAUGCCUUAAAUCAAAAUAAUAAAGCAAUUUUAACUAAUAGUUUAUCACUUGUUUUAUAAGAAUUUAAAAAUGCUAAUAAAAUAAACGAUAUAAUGAAAGAAGAAAUAGAAAAGAAUUAUAAAUUUGAAAUUAAAUACGAUAAGUAAAAAGCAGAAGAUCUAUUUAUUUUGGAAUUAUUAAUUGAAGCAUAAAAUUAUGAUUCAAGGGAUAUUAAAAGCUUUAUUAAUACAAUCAAACUCAAUGUCAAAUAAGAAUUAUAAGAGCAUUAUAAUGAUAUUUUAAUUCUAGAAAUCUUAAAAUUAAUAGAUAAUUUGAUUUGA